UAUCGCUGACUUGAUUAAAGAAAAACAACAAAUGAAUCUCUCUAAGAGUUUUCUUGGAGUUGGGAGUAUCGCUGACUUGAUUAAAGAAAAACAACAAAUGAAUAUAAUAAGAAAUGGGAGGUGGGGUCGGCGCCGUCCCUACACUCUGCCGUAUUCAAGGUUCGAUGGCCAUCGCCGAGUUGAUAUUUACUAGUCUAUAAAAUAGAGGGAAUGAGUGAGGUAAAGAAUCAGAAAGCAGGAGAAAGAUGAUUUCAAUGUUGUUUCCGCGGUCGUCUUUGUGCACAGCAGCCAUAGUGUUCUUCUAUACAUAUGUGUGCAUUCCCUUGGGGAGGUUGAAGAAGAAUGGUGGUGAUGCCGACGCGCAUGAUGAUGAUGAUGGUUACCACCUAGUGCGAGUGAUGUUUGGGGACAAGGAAGAGGAGAAGGAAUUUUGCUGUCCCAUAUGCCUUGUGGAGUUUGAGGCUGAGGAUGUGGUGACUUAUCUUCCCAGAUGCUCUCAUCUCUUCCAUAUUAAUUGCAUUGAGCCUUGGCUUCUCCGUGGCCAUCUCACUUGCCCUCUCUGCAGAUCAUUUGUAUUGGCUCCAACUCCUCCUACCCGCAAUGUCAAUAAUGCCCCCUCCUCUUCCACCUUGUAUCUCUCUAUCUUCUUCUUUUUCUGUCUCUUUCUCCAUCUACUUGGAUACUUGUAGCUUACCUUCCUUGUUAACUCACCCAUUCAUUAUACUAUAUUGUUUGUCUUA